UUACCGUUUCGGUUCGGUUUCGUUUUCGUUAGGGCGGAGAAAGUGGUACGGAGGCGGGGGGGGGGGGGGGCAUGGCCGACGCGACGGGGACGCCGGGGCUGCCGGUGGCGGCGGGGAGGGAGAAGGACAAGGAGGGCCGCCACCGCUGGGCAGCCAGGUGCGGCUUCGCCGUACUCGGCAUCAUGAGCACCCUCCUCGUCUACAGCGUCCUCCAGGUCCCUCUCUCCCCGACCCAUUUCUCCACUCCGACUACUAUUGCUGCCAAAUUUUUCCCCACCGAGAGAUUCUUCCCUCCGGCGAGAUUCACGGCAGGAAGAGAGCUAAUUUUGCGCUCGCGUCUGGAGGCCGGGCGCUGCGUCGGUCGGAUUUCGCUUGCUCCCCUUCCCUUGUUUGCUUCCGUCGCUGCUUGAUGCACCAAAUGAAUACGGAACUCCCAGGGGAUCCAUAUGCAUUCUUGUUUCGGUCACUGGGCCCUGGCUUGCCAUGGUAAUAGACUGUCCACAUGGUUUAGUUGAUUGGCUGCAAUUUCAGAUGGCUUCAUCACAGUUUUGAUUCACAAAGACACCAACUCAUUCAGAGCUAAAACCGCCUAGAUAUCCUCUACUUCCAGUUACUUUUCAUGACAAAAACAUGCUUAGAAAGGCUCCAACUAUGGUUCAGCCUUCAAGUAAGCUUCCAGAUGAGAAGAACACAAUACUAGAACAGAUAAAGAAUAAGUCUUUCAACUUGAAGCCUGUUCUUACAAAGAGACCAAAUGUGAUGGGUGGUCCCAGAACGAAUUUACAAGUGGUGGCCAUUCUAGAGCGUGCCCAUGCGAUUCGCCAGGCUGUUGCUGAUGAAGAUGACGAGGAUAGCUGGAGUGAGUAGCUGAUUCCUCAAAGCAAUCUGGCGCCCGAUGUUCCACAAGUAAUCUGCCAAUCCAGGUCUUGUGAUCCUGUUCUUGCAUGGAGCAAAUGAUCGAUCGAAUGGAGCCAGCGUUCUACAGGAUUACAUGCCAAAACAGUUGGUCCAGACCAUGGCAAGAUAGGGGCAGCGCUGUAAACAGUGUGCCUACUUAAUGAUUGCUAUGUUUUGGAGCGCGUCAUAUGUUUAUUAUCUUUUGAUGCAACUCCUGAGUGUCUGGUGCUUGGUGAGGAUUGUAUAUGCCUCACAGGACUCGUGUGAAUUUUGUAACUUGCUGAAUGUACAGAAAGAAGCAUAAGUGUCAAGAUUUUCUGGGCAAA